UUUCCAACGAAGUAAGCAAUGGAAGCUAUGUUUCGAUCGAGGACCGCUCGUUAAUUCCCCCUGAGAAGAACCCGGGUGACCGGCCAUCCAUGCACAACACAAAAUGGCAAGAACGGUACUCGGUACGUUUUUGCGGUGUCUCCUGAAGGUUCGGGAGCUCAGCCUGAGCUCCGCCAUGCAAUCCACGAAACACGCAGCGCUAGCUAGCAGCAGCAGCAAACCUCUCUCCUUAAAUCCCUCACCACGGCCAGCAGCACCGCCUAGAUGAUCGAUCGUCUCGCGCGAACACAAUUUAUUCCCGUAUCAUCGUCUCCAAGAAAGUGUAAUUCUUGAUCAGAAUCCCCAUCCAUGGCGGCGUCCGUGCGCACUUGGUUAGUGGUGGCGGCGCUGGCGUGCGCGGUAACGCUGCUGCUUCGCUCGGCCGACGCCCAGGCGUCGUCGGCGGCGGCGAGAGCGCCGGCGCCGGCGAAGAAGCCCAAGUGCGCGUCGGGCGCGGCGAUGCCGUGCCGCGUGGGCGCGGUGCACCACGACCCGGAGAACCAGGAGGAGGAAGGGCUCUUCAACGUGAAGGUGAAGGCGCCGAGCGGCUCGGGGGACACCGACAGCGACGACGACUACAGCGACCCCGACCAGCCCAAAGAGGAUCAAGACGACGACGAGCUCGUCGUUCUCGGCCACUAGCUGGUUCUGUUGAUUGGACCGGCCGAUAGACCGGUGGAUCACCGGCCGGGCUCGCAUGUGUUGGUUUAAUUCUUCAGCUAACUGUUUUUGUUGUUGGGUUGCUGAUUGCGUAGCGUUAGCUUGUUUCUUGGAUAUAUAUGUGGCGAAUUAAUUGUAGUUUUUCUAAUAAAGGGAUUUGGUAAACGAACUGUGCUCUUGUAUGAUUAUUAAUACAGUAUCACAUACGUGAAUUAGUCUGUUA